AUGAAUAUUAAUUUUUAAGAUGUCUACACGUUUGUAGAAAUUAAAGCAAUCCUUUUUCAAAUCUAUUUCCCAAUAUUCUUAUUUUUGUUUGAUUUGCUCAAAAGAAGUAAUUUCAAAUUGAAGAAAAUUUAAAUUAAUAUCUCAUCUCUUAUGAUCAUCUUUCAACUAUAAGAGAAAUUAUUUCCUAAUAAUAAUUCAUCCAAAAAUAAGUAAAUUUUUAUUCAGAAUAUUAACAAUAAGAAAGAAAACAAUUAUUUGACUUUUUCAAUUGCAAGAGAAUUGAAUUAGACAGGUAUAACAGUUUAUUUGGGUUUAUUCUAGGUUUAAAUCUAUAUUUUCAAAAUUGCCUCUCCAUUAUUAAAGAUCUCCUUUCUAAAAAGAAAACGACAUAAAAAGAAUAUAUCACUAUUUUAAAAAGGUUUUAUUAAUUACUUUUUGACAAUAGAAAAAUUUAAUUUCAGAUUAAUCAAUAGUGUAAUUUUUAAAACUUUAAAAAUAAAAACAUGACAGUUUUCAGCACUCAAUCUGCUCAUAAAAGCAACAGGUACUUUUAUAUUGUAAAUAAAAGGCUAUCAAAUAGGUAGUGA